AUACAGGGAAAAAGAAGAGGUUCGUGCAAGAGCCUCGAGACUGCCCCCUCUCGUUCGGUGGAUUCUCCGCGUGGGGUUCUCGCCUUCGCCCAACCCGCCCUAAAGGUUUCGGUGAGCUCUUCCCUGAUCUCGGGAGUCCGAUUGGAUCGUGGGCUCAAUUUGGAUUUUGUUUUGACUUUGGAGAGGAAUGAUGGAUUUCUGCGUCUCCGAUCGAUUGUUUCAUGCAAUACGAGAGUGGGGGAAAUAGUCCUGGUUUUGUGGAGGUCUUUGGGGUUCUUAGAGCAGAGGAGUGAAGGGGAUAACUUAAAGAAUUUUUCUUUAGUCGGUAUCUGGGUAAAGGAGGGUGAAUGAUGAAGAAGAAUAAGUUGAACAAGGAGGAGAUAGCGGAGGACUACUGCUUCACAUGCAAGGAUGGAGGGCACCUGCGGGUCUGCGAUUUCAAGAAUUGUCUUAAAGCUUACCAUCCUCAAUGUGUGGGUAAGGAUCCCUCAUUCAUGGAGAGUGAUGAACGUUGGACCUGUGGUUGGCAUUCUUGCUUUAUCUGCCAAAAGGCAUCAGCUCUCCAAUGUUACUGCUGCCCGAACUCUGUGUGCUACUCAUGCAUAAAGGAAGCUGAGUUUGUGCAAGUCAAGAAAAGAACAAAGGGCUUCUGCAACAAUUGCUUAAAGCUAGCAAUUUUAAUAGAAGAGAAUAUAGAUGUUGAUUCAGAUGGGGGAAAGGUGGACUUCAGAGAUACUGAGACAUAUGAGUUUUUGUUCAAGGAUUAUUGGGAAAUAAUAAAGGAUCAGGAAGGACUGACAUUGAUUGAUCUUCAGGCAGCGAAUGCUCUUCUUAAAAGAGGUGAAAAUUACAAGGGUGGAUCAGAUUCUGACAAACUUGAGGAAGAGGAUGUCGAAUCUGAAGGUGAUGAUUUGGAAAUUAAUUCUGACGAUGGGUUGUCAUUUCUUGAGGAUUUGAAAGGGAGAUGUGGUAGAAUGAAGAAACCAAUUAAGAGGUCCAGGUCAAAGAAAAAAGUGUUUAUUAGUUGGGGUUCAGUGGAGCUGAUAAACUUCCUUAUAUCUGUUGGUAGAGACACAAAUGAACCACUUACACUGUUGGAUGCAUGUGAAAUAAUAAAGGACUACAUUGAUAGAAACAACCUUCAUGAUCCAGAUAAUAAAAAGAAAAAAAAUGUAAUAUGUGAUGAGAGACUGUAUGCUUUAUUCAGAAAAAGGAAAGUGAAGUUUCAUAAGAUAGAGAGUUUGUUGGAGAGUCACUUUGCCACAAAUGAUGAUUCAGAUGAAGAAAUUUCUUUUAGCUCAGAAGAUGGUGACACAUUUGGAAGACGAAAGAAGCAAAACACAGGAUAUGAUGAACAUAAAUUACAGCCAAAGGAAUAUAAGGAAGAUAUUUCUGCAGCACCUAAAAGUUGUUAUGCUUCCAUAGUUAGGAAAAACAUAAAUUCGGUGUACUUGAAGAGAUCUUUAAUUAUGGAAUUUCUUAAAAGUCCUGAUACUUUUGAAGAAAAAGUUACUGGCUGCUUUGUGAGGGUGAAGGUAGAUCCUGAAGAUUUCUACUUUGUUCCUGAAAAGAGGUACAAGCUAGGGCAGGUCACAGGUGUUAAGAAGGCUCUACAGACAUACAAGGUAGGCACAAUGUCCACAGAUGUGGUUCUACGUGUUUCCAAUUAUCAUGCGGAUGUUCAAUUAUUUUUUCUAUCCGAUGAUGACUUUGAUGAGGAUGAGUGUGAAGAUCUUCUCCAGUUGGCCAAUAAAGGCCUUUUCAAAAGACCCACUGUUGCAGAGCUUGAAAAGAAGAUCAGAAGUGUUCAUGCUGACAUAAUGAAUCAUUGGAUUGAUAAGGAAGUUUUGAAGUUACAAAAACUGAUAGAUCGAGCUAAUGAGAAAGGAUGGCGCAGAGAACUUUUUGCUUAUAUUGAUGAAAGAGAAAAGCUUCGUACAUCUGAAGAGCGAAAGCGCCUUCUUCAAGAGAUUCCAACAGUGGUUGCUGAUAUAUCUCAAACUAAGGUGAAGACUACCAAUGGUCCACCUAUUUCUUCAGAGUGCCAACUGCCAAAAGCUGCUGAUGUCAAUAAUUCUGGCAGUGGUCAUGUAAUUGAAAUCGAAGAAGACCAUGGAGUUCAAGAUUCUAAGAUAACUGUCAAUAUGCGAAUAAGCGACCACGUUGAUGAUGAAGACAAGACAUGGCAUUAUGUUGACCCUUCUGGCAAUGAACAAGGACCGUUUGACAUGGUAUCUCUAAGGUAUUGGAUGAGAGAAGGCUUUUUCGAUGAAGAUUUUAAGGUCUGGAAAACAGGCCAGUCAAGAGAAGAUGCCAUUUUGUUGACAGAUGCACUCCGUCUAUAUCAAUAGUAUCUCCAAAUUUCUCUAUGUGCAAUUUAUUAAAGGAAGGUGGAGACUCUGCUUGGCCCAAUUGUUUUAUAGAUUUCGACAUCUAUACCCAACGACAUUUGUGAAAGGCAGGUGGAGAUAGAAAGCUGCACAUGUGUUUAGACCAAUUUAUUAAAGGCACUUGUGUUUACUGAAAGAAGUAGAUUUUGCAGCUUGCAGCUGCUGUUGCUUUUGAGUCACUGCAGUAUGCAUAGGUCAUCCUUUUAGAUUGCAGUUCUUUCCAAGUCAUGAGUUAAUGGAUUAGCAGUCAGAAUUUGAAUUUAAAGAUUAAUCAGGUGAGAUUCAACUUUAUCG